CCGCUACCUUGGAAACGCGGAGAGCGUGUGCCCUGCGAGAACUGCGGCGCGGUGGCCGGGGGCCUCUCUAGCUCCACGAUGCUGUGCACCCGGAGGCUGGGCCGCCUCAGCGCCGGAGUAGGGGCUCUGCGGCCCAGGCGAGCGGGCCAGGGCAGCUUCGGAGCCGGGCUCUGGGCCCGGAGGGUCAGCACCAGCUGGUCCCCGGUGGGCGCCGCCUUCAAUGUCAAGCCCCAGGGUCUCCGCCUGGACCUGUUCGGCGAGCGCCGGGGUCUUUUUGGAGUUCCUGAGCUCAGCGCCCCAGAAGGAUUUCACAUUGCACAAGAGAAAGCCCUAAGACAGACAGAGUUUCUGGUGGAGCGCGCAUGCUCAUCACCCCCGGGGCCCCAGACCGUGCUCAUCUUUGACGAGCUGUCGGAUUCCUUGUGCAGAGUGGCUGACUUGGCUGAUUUUGUGAAAAUUGCGCACCCUGAGCCAGCGUUCAGAGAGGCCGCGGAAGAAGCCUGUAGAAGUAUUGGCACCAUGGUAGAAAAGUUGAACACAAAUGUGGAAUUAUAUCAAAGUCUGCAAAAAUUACUAGCUGACAAGUGCCUUGUGGAUUCCCUUGAUCCAGAAACCAGGCGAGUGGCUGAACUGUUCAUGUUUGAUUUUGAAAUCAGUGGAAUCCAUCUUGAUGAAGAAAAGCGUAAAAGAGCAGUGGACCUUAACGUUAAAAUCUUGGAUUUGAGUAGUAAAUUUCUAAUGGGAACCAACUUUCCCAACAAGAUUGAGAAGCAUCUCUUACCAGAGCACAUUCGCCAUAACUUUACACGUGAUGGGGAUCAUAUAAUAAUUGAUGGUCUACAUGCAGAGGCACCAGAUGACUUGGUGCGAGAAGCUGCUUACAGAGUUUUCCUUUAUCCCAGUGCUGGCCAGUUGAAAUGCUUGGAAGAGCUACUCAGCAACAGAGAUCUGCUGGCACAGUUAGUGGGCUAUCCCACGUUUGCCCACAGGGCUCUUCAAGGAACAAUGGCUAAAAAUCCAGAGACUGUUAUGCAGUUCCUUGAGAAACUAUCUGACAGACUUUCUGAAAGAACCAUAAAAGAUUUUGAGGUGAUGAGAAGGAUGAAAAUGAAACUAAAUCCUCAAAAUUCUGAAUUAAUGCCUUGGGAUCCCCCCUACUACAGUGGUUUGAUUCGUGCAGAGAGGUAUAAUAUUGAGCCCAGUCUGUACUGCCCGUUUUUUUCCCUUGGCGCAUGCAUGGAAGGGCUGAACGUUUUAUUUAAUGAACUGUUGGGGAUUUCGUUGUAUGCAGAGCAGCCUGCUAAAGGAGAGGUGUGGUGUGAAGACGUCCGAAAACUGGCUGUUGUUCAUGAAUCUGAAGGAUUGCUGGGCUACAUUUACUGUGAUUUUUUUCAGCGACAAGACAAACCACAUCAGGACUGUCACUUUACCAUCCGUGGGGGCAGAUUGAAGGAAGAUGGAGAGUAUCAGCUCCCAGUCGUAGUCCUGAUGCUGAAUCUCCCCCACGCCACAAGGACCUCCCCAACAUUGUUAACCCCUGGCAUGAUGGAAAACCUUUUCCAUGAAAUGGGCCACGCCAUGCACUCUAUGCUGGGCCGUACUCGUUACCAGCACGUCACUGGGACCAGGUGUCCCACGGAUUUUGCUGAGGUUCCCUCUAUUCUGAUGGAGUACUUUGCCAAUGAUUAUCGAGUGGUUAACCAGUUUGCCAGGCAUUAUCAGACUGGGCAGCCACUGCCAAAAAAUAUGGUGUCUCGUCUCUGUGAGUCCAAAAAGGUUUGUGCUGCUGCUGAUAUGCAACUCCAGGUCUUUUAUGCCAUGCUGGAUCAAAUCUACCAUGGGAAGCAUCCCCUGAGGAAAUCAACCACAGACAUUCUCAAGGAAGCACAAGAGAAAUUUUAUGGCUUGCCAUAUGUUCCAAAUACUGCCUGGCAGCUGCGAUUCAGCCACCUCGUGGGCUAUGGCGCCAAGUAUUACUCUUACCUGAUGUCCAGGGCAGUGGCGUCCAUGGUUUGGAAGGAAUGUUUUCUACAGGAUCCCUUCAGCAGGGUGGCUGGGGAGCGCUAUCGCAGGGAGAUGCUGGCCCAUGGCGGGGGACGGGAGCCCAUGCUCAUGGUUCAAGGAUUUUUACACGAUUAAAAGGAGGCUGAGCAAGACUCUCUGGCUCUCACCCAAGUCGGAUGCUAAUUUACCAACAUUGAGCCAGAGGAGGCAAGCCCGAGGAAACACACAAGGAAGGUUCUGAGGGAAUUUUUUUCACGCCUUUUUAUGUUGACUCUGCACUAAAGUUCAAGUUAUUUUUAGUCUUUCUCACUAAUCGUGUGCGAGCAGACUGGGAGCUGGGAGCAGGGAGCAGACGGGGAACAGCUUCACUGAGAACGGAUCAAACAUUACGGAAUCC